CUCUUCGUAUGACAAACAAACGGCUAUUCUUUCAGCUGAAAAACGUCAGUGUCAGUAUUUGUUUUUGUGUCAGAAGAAAUAUUUGUGCGAAGUUGUACAAAAGAAACGUAUUAAAAAUUACUACAUCGUUUUUUGUAUGUAUAUAGAUCACAAAUAACAAUUUAAUUCGCAAUUAGCCAGUAUAUGUUCUUCCAAGCUUUAUAUACAUUUCUAAUUACUUAUUAAGUAGUUUAAAUAUAACAAUUUAUUGCCAGAGAUGCCUAUACUUUACAGUGUUAUCUGUCGGGGUAGUACUGUCUUAGUUAAAUAUGCAACAUGCGCUGGAAAUUUUGGUGAAGUUACAGAACAAAUUAUAGCAAAAAUUCCGCCUCACAAUGAUAAACUUACCUAUUCUCAUGGAAACUAUCUUUUUCACUACGUUUUAGAAAAUCGUAUUCUGUACAUGUGCAUAACAGAUGAUGAAUUUGAGAGAAGUCGAGCAUUUUUAUUUCUCAAUGAAAUUAAAAGACGGUUUCAAGCUACUUAUGGAGCUAGUGCUGAUACAGCUAUUGCUUAUGCAAUGAAUUCAGAAUUUUCCACAAUAUUGGCUACAGAAAUGAAACAUUAUUCCGAAUCUCACGAUCUUGAUACAAUAUCCAGGGUCCACAGUGAAUUAGAUGAAUUGAAGAAUAUUAUGGUUAAAAAUAUUGAUAAUAUUGCAAUGAGAGGUGAAAGACUAGAACUUCUGGUCAACAAAGCAGAUAAUCUAAAUAAUGGAUCGAUGACAUUUAGGACCACAAGUAGAAACCUAGCUCGUUCGUUAUUUUGGAAAAACAUCAAACUCUACGUUAUUAUUGGUGUCGUCGUAACUGUGAUUAUUUAUAUUAUUAUUUCCAUAUCUUGUGGUGGGUUGCUUUGGCAGGGAUGUUUGUCACACAAAUAGAAAAUAAAUGCAAUACUCGUUGUUUAUAAAUGCACUACUGAUAUCAUUAAAUCGUUAGGAAGAAUAUAUAUAUUUUAGAUUUAUUAUUUAAAUAUGAUUAUUUUUUUCAUUUUACUGUACAACAGGUCUAAAAGAAAAAUAGUAAUUUACUGUAUUCAGGCUCGAAUUUACUAAAAAUUUGUCUUAAUAUUUAGUUUGAUAUAGUAAAUUUGAGUAUAAUAUUGGUAUUUUUAUUAAUCAUUAUAAGAUACAAAAAUUUGCAUGUGUGGCAAGUCACAAACAAUUUGGUAUAUAUUUGUUUUUAUUUCAUAUGUAUAAAUUAAAUAUCACUUAUUAUUUUUUAAGGUUUAUUUUCUGUUUUUUUCACGAUUUAAUGAUGAUAUAUUUAAAUAACUUUGAUCUAUAAAGUGCUGUCAAAAUAUUUGCAUAUUGGUAACUUCUAUAAGGAUCUGAAAAUAAGUGAUACCCACCAUCACCAAUUAAAAAAUGGAAAUACUCAUUUAUACAUUGGUAGCUCAUUCCUGUUAACAUUUUUAGUUGCAACUCUUUGAAAUUAAGAUUUUAUAUUACGGUUUAAAAUAAAAAUCAGUUUCCAAAGUGCUAAAAGUAACUUGAGUAAAAUAGCAAAUUAUUAUUGUUCAGUACCACAGUGAUAUUCAUGGAAAAACAAAUUCUAACCUUGUCAUUGAUUUCCUGAUGUUAGAAAGUACAGAUUUAACUUUAAAAUAAACUUGUUUAAUUUUAUUCUUAAACUGCCCUCCUAAACCAAAAAGCAGUAUUUCAAUUGAAGUGAAUUUUGAGAAAAAACAUUUUUUAAAAGUUGUUUUCCAAAAAAAAAUAAUUUAGAUACCGCUAGAUUGCUUCAAAUUACAUAUUUCUUGUUUUUGAAAUAUUCUUUUAAAAUAAAUAAAUACAAUAAUGGAAUAUUCCUAAGCCUUUUAUUAAAUACAGGUGCAGUUGUGACAUGUAAAUUUUUCUUUUUUUAUGUUCCGAUAUGACUAUUAGUGCAAUAUGAUAUUUUUCUUAAUUCAUUUGAUGUGGAACUUUUCAAGCUAUUCGAUGGGCCAAAAACAAAAAGUCUUUUUAACUACCUCUUUUUUGGCUUAUUUUUGUAAUUAUAGAAGAAAAAACAUGAAAAAUAAGAUGAAAACAGUUUCUAAAAACAUGUAAACAAAUGCCAGUCAUCUGUAAUAAUGUAUAAAUAAGUCAUUCUGGCGAGUGUAUUAGAUGGCGCUGCGAUCUUAAUUUCAAAUCACUUAGUAUAAUUUACUUGUCACACACAACUUAUUAUUAUGUGAUGGAUAAUUUUAUCAAACAUGUAUUAUUGUCAAAAGAAAGUGUAGAUCUGUAUUCCAGUGAUAGUUUUUUACUUACCACAGUAUUUUUAAGAUGGUUUUAAAGAUUUUUUCUUUUAUAUCUGUUGAAUUGACUGUUAUGUGUAUACAUUUCGUUUUAAUUUUAAUUCCAAAUAUUUAUAUAAGCAUCAUUACUAUUAUUAAAUUUUGGUAAGUGUUAAUUUAUACUUAAAGUCUAAAUAAACAAGAAUGUCUAAUAAAA